UUAAAAUUUGGAUCUCAGAUACCUUUAUGGUUGAUGACAUUUAAAUGCUUCCUUCUCUAAUCACCCUGGUGAUGUAAAAGUUUUGAAAUUGUAGCAUUUGCUUGGAGUUGAAGCACUAGGGAAGCAACCAUAGUUGGGUAGAGUAAAAGAAGAGAUCUAUCUGGUAAUGUCAACACAAGAACACACCUGCACAUACCAGUCUGCUUUAACUUUCAAGGUUCUAGCAAGCAGCCUUCUCCGCUAUCUCUCAAACACCUAAUGAAACAAAUCUCAUUGAGGAGAUAAACUGGGACUAAUUACAUAUCGCUUACUUUUCUUUUUUAUUAUUGUUUUACAAUCAGAAUACAUAUUCCUUCUAAAAAGAUGAGACUGUCAAACUUGUUAUGAUUGGGCCAAUUGUAGGUAGUGCUGGUGAUGUACUCGAAGACAAUCCAGUGGGGAGGCUGAAGGUCUUUGUUUAUGAACUUCCAAGCAAAUACAAUAAGAAAAUUCUGCAAAAGGACCCAAGAUGCCUCAACCAUAUGUUUGCAGCCGAGAUCUUUAUGCACCGGUUUCUUUUAUCUAGCCCUGUUCGGACCCUUAAUCCUGAAGAAGCUGAUUGGUUUUAUACCCCAGUAUACACUACCUGUGACUUGACCCCAAAUGGCCUUCCCUUACCUUUCAAGUCACCACGAAUGAUGAGAAGUGCUAUCCAGCUUAUAUCUUCAAACUGGCCUUAUUGGAACCGGACAGAAGGAGCAGAUCAUUUCUUUGUGGUUCCUCAUGACUUUGGCGCAUGCUUCCAUUAUCAAGAAGAGAAGGCUAUUGAAAGAGGAAUUCUUCCAUUGCUACAGCGUGCAACCCUAGUUCAGACAUUUGGACAAAAGAAUCAUGUGUGCUUGAAGGAGGGAUCAAUCACCAUUCCUCCCUAUGCUCCUCCACAGAAAAUGCACACCCACCUGAUUUCUGAAAAGAUUCCUAGGUCCAUUUUUGUUUACUUUCGAGGACUGUUCUAUGAUGUUGGAAAUGACCCUGAAGGUGGUUACUAUGCAAGAGGUGCAAGAGCAGCAGUAUGGGAGAACUUCAAGGACAAUCCACUUUUUGACAUUUCCACCGAGCAUCCAACCACAUACUAUGAGGACAUGCAGCGAGCGGUGUUUUGUUUGUGUCCACUUGGCUGGGCUCCUUGGAGCCCAAGAUUGGUUGAAGCUGUAAUAUUUGGUUGCAUCCCCGUCAUCAUUGCAGAUGAUAUUGUUCUACCCUUUGCUGACGCAAUCCCAUGGGAAGAGAUUGGUGUGUUUGUUGACGAGGAAGAUGUCCCUAAGUUGGAUACCAUACUCACAUCUAUUCCCCCAGAAAUAAUACUUAGAAAGCAGAGAUUGCUUGCUAACCCUUCAAUGAAACAAGCCAUGUUAUUCCCUCAACCUGCUCAACCAGGCGAUGCAUUCCAUCAAGUUCUAAAUGGGCUUGCUCGUAAGCUGCCACAUGACAAGAGGAUAUACUUGAAACCCGGGGAGAAGAUUCUGAAUUGGACUGCUGGUCCUGUGGGUGACUUGAAACCAUGGUAACAAUGGCAAUUGGCAACAGUUUUCUUUAGAGCCAUUUGUGAUUCUUCACAUAUCUUGGUCAGUCCUCCAAAUGUUCAUAGGGUUGGGUUGUAAUUGAGAAGCCAGUUUUUCUUUGGUUACUGUAAAUUUUGACAUUUUCUUGGACAGUUUAUGAAAUCAUGAAAUCUCCAUUUUGGAGCUCUGUUUCUCUGUAUUUGUUUGUCAUAUAAACUGCAUUUAUUUGUAUAGGUUAUUUGUGGCAGAUAUUCCUAGUUUCACUUAGUAAAAGACUAGUUUCAUCCGUA